GCAAUUAGCGCGUCCGUCUGGGGAUUCCCCAGGUGUUCCAAUUCCCCUCCAUGGCAGCUGUCGCAGGAGGAGCAGCUUGAGCAUCCGCGGGACCGGGGCUCCCCUGCCGGGGCUCCCGUAUGGCCCUGGGCUCCUUCAGAGCCGCGCCGUAGGACCCGCGCUCGCCAUGGCCUCCUUGCAGGAGCAGGUGGCCCCGAGCGGGCCGCGGGAGCCCAAACGCAGCGAGGCCGGGUCCGUCGGCGACGACUGGUGUGACAGCGGCCUGGGCUCCCUCAGCGAGGCCCAGCUGGGCCAGCUCCGGGAAGAGGGCGGCCUGGUUGCGCCGGGCGACGGAGAGAUGGGCGCGGGGGGCUUUGCGGUGACCUCUGACCCGGCCCUCCUGAGUGCCGGCUGUCCCCAGAAGACCCAGUUGGAGGAGGACGAUCUGGAGCGGCUGGACUCUGCCCUGGGGGGCUCCCUGGCAGGCGAUGAGGACGUGGGGGCCCUCGUGGAAGGCGUGGGGGCCGUGCGCCUCGAGAGUGAGGUGCCGGCAGUGGCCCCCGAGGCCUGGCUGCACCAUGUGCUGGGUUUCAUGACCGAGGACGGCGACACCGCUCUCCACCUGGCUGUCAUUCACGAACACGAGGCCUUCCUUGAUUCCAUCCUGCAGUACACCCAAGGGACAGAAUACCUGGAUAUUCAGAAUGACCUUGGACAGACAGCACUGCACAUCGCUGUCAUCCUCGGGGCUUCGGACUUCGUGGGCAAACUUGUGUCGGCAGGAGCCAAGCUGUGCGUGCAGGAAAAGGGCGGCCAUACGGCGCUGCAUCUGGCCUGCCGAGAGGGCCAGCGGGAUGCUGCUCAGCAGCUCCUCUCUCCGCCCGUGGCACAGAGGCCCUGCGAGGAGAACAGUUUCCGGGCCCAGCUGGACUGCACUAACUACGAUGGCUACACGCCCCUUCACAUCGCUGUCUUGCGGAAAGAUCUGGACCUAAUCAGUCUGCUCAUCUCUGCAGGAUCCGAUCUCAACAAACCGGAGCUGAGUUGCGGCCGCAGCCCCCUGCACCUGGCAGUGGAGUCACAGAACCCUGAGGUGGUGGAGUGCCUGCUGCAGGCCGGGGCGGACCCUGAAGCCCGCAUGUACGUGGGCUACACCCCCAUGUACAGCGCUGUGCACCGGCCCGACCAAAAGAUCCCGCAGCUGCUGCGGGAGUUUGGCUCUGAGGAGCCGGACUGGGACUCCGAGGAGAGCCUGGACAGCAACAGCGAGGAGGAGUAUGACGACAUUGUUAUCAACCGUGGGCAUUAGACGACCCGUCGAGGAGCCCACCUUGCCCCUGGGCUGCAGGCCAUUCAGUGUCUCUCUCCUGUGGCCCCAGCCAUGAUUCUGUAGCGAUGGCAUCUUCACUGUGAGCUUGACCCAACUUAUUUAUAAGGGCUGCAGCGGGAGCUGCCCUGUGCCAGCAGUCAGCAGCUCCUCAGGCCCCAUUCCGGUGUAUCCUUCCAUUGUUGGUGUGUUUUUCUGUCUGUUUCCAACGUUUUAGUGAGUUCUGGUUUUCCGGAUGUGCAGUGUCCCACAUUAAACAGGUGCAUUUCGGGGGGACCCUGCUAUCGCUGGCUUUGCGCCUCCGAAACGAGCAUCCACGAGCCUCGCAUCUCCCCCCGUCCCACCUGCCCGCCCUUGCUGCGUGUCGGGGCUUUUUGGCCCGUUAGGAUUCAUUCACACCAGCUGCAGCUCUGAAUGUGGGACUCACACACACGCACCCGUCUGCCAUAACAACUUACUGGAGGGGCAGGCAGGCCGGCAGGCAGGCGGGCGAUCUGCGGGUGGCCCUCCCCACCUCUUGGCCCAGCUUCCCAGUUGCCCGCUCCUGCCUCACAGGAGAGCCCCUUCCCUUUGCAGUUAAGCCUCUGCCUCAGGAUCACCUCCUCCUCUCAGCUCUUGACCUCUUGAAGCCUGCCAAACCUCACCUUUGCCACACCUGAGUCUUGCAGGUCAAGCGGUGUUUGGGCUGGGAGCAGGGGAACGUGGAGUGGCCUCUUUGCUCCCUGCUCCAGUUGGUGGGACGAGGGCUGCCCUGGCCGUGGGCCUCCGACCCCUGCGCUCGAAGGGGCAGAGAGCCUCUGGCGGUGUGCAGGCUCCGCCCCUGCCUCCUUGCCAUUCAGCAGCCGGCUGCCCACCUGCCCUCCAGGUCUGGGAGAGCAACUGCAAGGCCGUUCCAUUCUCCUGGAAGGGGCUCACGGUUCGGUCGCAAGCGAUGCUUCUGAGGAAGGAGGCACGCAAAGCCCAGAGCUGGCUCCAGACCGCUUGGCCCCCGCCUGGGGCUCUUGUCCCGCUCCCAGACCUGCCUCAAGGAGCGCGUGGGGCGCUUGCGCUCCUCUCCUUUGGCCACGUGCUGCUGUCUCCUCGGUUUCCUUCGGCACCCGCGCUCCUUCCUGCCACAUAUCCAGCUGCCAGGACUUGAUCCGUUUCUUUCCGGGGCACGCAGAAAGCCCUCUUGGGUUGCCUAGGGACGCAGGACACACUCCCACCCACCUUUGAGUUGGGGUCCGAGGCUGCAACCGCCCCUCGUUUCCGUCAGAUGACAGAAGACGGCAGCUGCUUGGGGGGGGUCUCCUGCCGUGUUCUCCUGGCCAGCGCUCAAGACUGGAGAGGUCUGGAAUGGUGCCUGGCGGCGGCACGAGGAGGAGGGCUUCUCAUUCCCUGCUCCCGGGCAGCCAGCACGAGCCGCCUGUUGUGAGGACCAGUGCGGCAGAGGCCAGGCUGAGCACUUUGGAAGAGCUGCCUGCUCGGCGCUGCGUAGGAACAGACCCUGGAAGACGCCCCUCCGUGCUCCACGCCGCCGCCUGCCGCGUUUCUGGCUGUGCUCGGCGCAAGGGGAGGUGGCCUCUCCGUCCGAGGGAGCAUGUCCUGCCCCGUCCUCCUUGUGUAGGCUUGCAGAAUAGUCCCGUCCAAGGUUUGCACUCCUCUUCCCAUGGGGGCUUUUUCUGGAACAGCACGGGGGCUGCCUCGGCCUUCCUGGAACUGGCCGGCAGCCACAGCCGAGUCCUCGCCCCAUGCCGCCUGGAUCGCAGGGGCAGGUGUCUCCCAGCCAGGCCACGUCGCAUUCCUGGGAGCGCGAUUUGGCUUGUGAGGGGACGCACACCCGCGGCGGGGGGCUGCAGGUGGCCGCGGGGGCUGGAUGCAGCCCGGGGCUUCCCACCCCGGUGCAGCUUGCCUCUUCCUCAGGUUCCGCCCGUGGUCCUCCCUGCUGCGCAGCUGCGGUCCCCCUCGUGCCCUCUGUGGCUUCCUCCGCCGUUCGGAUGAGCUGCCCCUAGCGGCCGCGGAACGCCCAGGGCGAUGCGCUGUCCCCCUGCAGCCGCAGAGUCAGUCUCGCCUUUCUCCCCCUCUCUAUACCUGCCAUGUGUUUUGCGCAAAGGGGGGGAAAUCAUGAAGCAUUGUGUACAUUCUUUGAAUUCCCCUCCCAUCUCAAGACGUGUGCCCUGCCGCUCACAGGGCUGUGCUUUGAAGCUGCUGUGCGACCUCUUGUUUUAAUCCACACCUGCGAUUCAGUCCCAGCUCUUGACUCUCUCCGUUCGUCCCUCCUGCCUCUGUGUGUUUAUUGUACCAUGUCUGUAGGUCUGUCUGACCAGAUUGAAGUAAACGUGGUGGAUUUCUGUG